GAGGGUCAGAGAGAGAGGGAGACACAGAAUCUGAAACAGGCUCCAGGCUCUGAGCUGUCAGCACAGAGCCUGACGCGGGGCUCGAACUCACAGACCAUGAGAUCCUGACCUGAGCCGAAGUCGGCCGCUUAACCGACUGAGCCACCCAGGUGCCCCACCUGUUUUCUUCUUAAUGCUAUCUCUUCCUUACUGACAUACUUCAUUUAUCCUGCUCCAUAUGAUAGCUCAGCCAGUAUAGUAAAGUGAGAACUGUCAAGCUCUCUGAGCACUAUCAUUUUUAUGUACUUUAUAUUCUUUUACCUAGAGUCUCUCUUUCAUCACAGCCCUGUUUUCUAGAAGAAGGUUGUGUUUUGUGUUUUUUUUAAAGGAAAGUCUUCUGAAAGUUUUGUUUUUCCAGGGUUAAACAAACAUGGGGUUGUUUUAAUGGCUGAAUUACAGACUGAUGAUAGUAGAGCUCUGGAGGAAAGUGGGUAAGCCAUAAGUAAAUGUGAAUGUGUUAUGCUCUAAGCCUAGCCACAAUUGCAAAGAUUGCAGAGGUAAUAAAUUAUGAUGCUGGAAAGAACUAUGCUUUAAUAAUCCACUAUAGUGCAGAUUCAGUUGGCAUUCCCUUUUCUAGAAAUCCUUGCUGCCCCUCAUAAUAGAAUUAUUUUCAGUACCAUGUUCCACUGCCUUAUUCACUUAUUCACUGUUGUAUCCCCAGUACCUAGUUUAGAGACUAGCACAGAGAAGGUAAUAAAUACAAGUUUUUUGAAUGAAUGAACAAAGAUGUGCUACACUAGUAUUUACUGUAGGCCAAGAUUUCUUAGAUAGUAUUGAGAAUUCUAAACAUUUUAACAAAAAUUUCUUUAGAAUUCUAGACGUUUUCAGAGGUACCAUUUUUCUUACUCUUCAGGGAUUAUGUUUCCUUUACCUUGUGGGUGUCAUGUUUUCAUAGUUCCUACAUCAUGCCUUCCCCCACUCCACCUCCACUCCCACCCUCAUUUUGCUCUUCCUGUUAUGAAGUAAGAUCUGUGUAGACUUGAUGCCAGCAAUGGUUGUUCCUGUUGGUACUAAACUCUCUCUCUACUUGGGUAAAGGAUGUAUUUUCUUCUCAGAUCUACAGCUAAAUGACAGAUUAAUGUGCAUACCUUUCUCUUUUCAACCCGAGUUGCUAGGAGGCAUUUACUUGGUACAGCUCUGCUUUCCUGGGAUGACGUCUUCUCUUGUAACUGCACCCUGGUUCUUUGAUACUGUCUUGAGAGAGUAGGUUAAAAAGUACAAUUUGUCUUGUCUCUCUGUCAUAUCUGUAGCAUUUACCUGUUGGAAAUCCACAUUGUAGGAUUCAUUGUGCCACCACUGGUUUGCUCUUUGUUAUCUUAGGAGCUUUCUUCUGUAAAUGGAUGUAGAAAGCUAUCCGUUGGAUUUUGCUUUGCCUUCAAGAACAGAACUCUUACUCUUUGUCAUAGUAAUACCUGGAUGGUAUCUGUUGGCUUCUAGAUUUUCUAGCUGGUACACUUUCCAGGUCUCAUGAGUCAGGAGAGUGGAGAGUUCUAAAUUGACUUCUCUACCCUCCCCGCCUUUUUUUUUAGCCAAUCCCUGUUUCAUGUGGUAAGCCUUUGGUAUUUAUCAAUACAGUGCCACCAGUCUUAUAUAAAAAUGUGAAGAGUUAUUUCACGUUCUGCUGUUAGGGGUUUUAGUAGUGUUGAGUCAGGGUAAAAUUUUUUCGUGUGUGUCUUCAUAGACAUUUUAGUGAAAAGUGGGAAAGGCCACACUGAAUUAUGCUAUUUGGAGUUCAGUAAGGCUUAUUUAACUGAAAUUAAGCGGGUUGAUUGAGUCAUCUCUCUGAGGAUUGUCUCCUCUAGUUGCAAUAUUUGUCUUCUAUCCUAAUGUAUUUUUCCUAGUUCUGCUUGCUUUUUUCUUUCACUCCUAAUCAUAAUAAGACAUUUUCCCCCCAAAAGUCAAAUGACAAGGAAUCCAUAUUAUGUUUAGUAAGGACAGGUCCUGUUAAUAGAGGCUUAUUCAGCCUUUGCAAGUCCAUGUUCUGAGUCUCUGAUAAUUUAAGAAGAAGCAAAGACCAAGGGGGUGUGAGUAAAGUUGUGCUAGAGUUUGAAUCUGUUAUGUGCCAGGGCCUGUAUUGAUUGAGGGAGGAUUGCCAGCUGGCAGUGGUGGUAGAAAGAAGUCUCUGGGGAAUGGGAAACUAACUCUAGAGGUUUCCUAGUUAAGACUUAACACGGAAUCUCUGGGCAAUUGGAAAUAUUGUACUCUCCCCUAGGGAGAUGGAGCGGGAAUUAACUUUUCCCCUGGUCCAAUGUGACUUGGUUAGAAAUACAAUUGAACCUGUUUGUCUUGUCCAUUGUGAUGUGAUAGCCCCCUAGGAACAGUCUGUUUUGUGUGGGAGUUUAUUUCAGGCUGUCUCCUUGCCUGUAUUGUUUCCUUUAACAGCUCUUUAAAUUUUCUUUUUCCAGCAAUGAUGUUGUCCACUGGGCAUGUACUGACCAAUGUGGCAGGUCUGAGAACAUAGCUGAAGCUGAAAAUAGGAAAGCUGGGGGCAAGGAAGAGCCUUGAAUCUUGAGGUGGGACGUUGACUCUAAGAUGUCCUUGAGCAGUGGAGCCUCCGGAGGGAAAGGAGUGGAUGCAAACCCGGUUGAGACAUACGACAGUGGGGAUGAAUGGGACAUUGGAGUAGGGAAUCUCAUCAUUGACCUGGACGCCGAUCUGGAAAAGGACCAGCAGAAACUGGAAAUGUCAGGCUCAAAGGAGGUGGGGAUACCGGCUCCCAAUGCUGUGGCCACACUGCCAGACAACAUCAAGUUUGUGACCCCAGUGCCAGGUCCUCAAGGGAAGGAAGGCAAAUCAAAAUCCAAAAGGAAUAAGAGUGGCAAAGACACUAGCAAGCCCACUCCAGGGACUUCCCUGUUCACUCCAAGUGAGGGGGCAGCUAGCAAGAAAGAGGUGCAGGGACGCUCAGGAGAUGGUGCCAAUGCAGGAAGCCUGGUUGCUGCUAUUGCUCCCAAGGGCUCAGAGAAGGCGGCUAAGGCAUCCCGCAGUGUAGCCGGCUCCAAAAAGGAGAAGGAGAACAGCUCAUCUAAGAGCAAGAAGGAGAGAAGCGAAGGAGUGGGGACUUGUUCAGAAAAGGAUCCUGGGGUCCUCCAGCCAGUUCCCUUGGGAGGACGGGGUGGUCAGUAUGAUGGAAGUGCAGGGGUGGAUACAGGAGCUGUGGAGCCACUUGGGAGUAUAGCUAUUGAGCCUGGGGCAGCGCUCAAUCCUUUGGGAGCUAAACCGGAGCCAGAGGAAGGGGAGAAUGAGUGUCGCCCGCUAAAGAAAGUCAAGUCUGAAAAGAUGGAGUCCCCUGUUUCUACACCAGCAGUGCUGCCACUGCACCUUUUGGUACCAGUGGUCAAUAAUGACAUCUCCUCCCCCUGUGAGCAGAUCAUGGUUCGUACCAGAUCAGUUGGGGUCAACACAUGUGAUGUGGCUCUAGCUACAGAGCCUGAGUGCCUGGGCCCCUGUGAACCUGGAACAAGCGUCAACCUCGAGGGCAUCGUGUGGCAGGAAACAGAAGAUGGUAAGUGCUCUGUGCGUCUUUUUCCAUCUCUUCUCAACCUGCUUCUGCCAACAGGGGCUUAUCGUUGUAAAUAACACCAAGUAUUUAUUAGGAGUCUCAAGCGACCAUAGUUUGCUAGUGACACCUACCCAGGAGAUCACAGCAAACUUCUCAGUAAAAUUGCGCAGCUUCUGGAGAUUGCCAUUUUGUUUGUUUAAAGUUUAUUUAUUUAUUUUGAGAGAGACAGCAGGAGAGGAGCAGAGAGGGAGAGGAAGAGAGAGAAUCCCAAGCAGGCUCCACCAGUGCAGGGCUUGAUGCUGCGAACCGUGAGGUCAUGACCUGAGCUGAAAUCAGGAGUAGAGGCUUAACCCACUGAGCCCAACACUGAGGUCUCCCAAGAUUGCCAGUUUUUAAAAUUAAUUAUCUCUCUUUUAUGGGUAUCCACAUUGUUGGCCCUGGCAUUUAAGCAGUCAUUUGUUAAGUGCUGGCCAGGUAAUUCACACUGUGUCUCUACUCUCCAUACUCCUCUUUAUCAUUUUAUAUGGGAGAAUUUGAAUGUAAAUGAACUUUUGGGUCAGGCUUCAAGAGAAAAAAGUAAUAAAAGGACAGCUGUGGGAGUCAAGGAAAUGGAAAACAGUCACUCUUAAAUUGACUUAUUGUUGGCUCAUUGAAUAUGCAACUCUUGCCUUUUUUAACACCUGGAGGUGCAGCCAGCUCCUUCCCACUGGUUGCCUCAUUGCCCAGCCACCCACUUCACUUCAUGCAUCUGUCACUUAGUACAGAUUUUAUAGGCCUAGGCAACAGGGAAAUGUUUACAUGGUCUUGUUUUCAGGCAUCCACUAAGCAGUUGGCUCACUGCAGGGUGCUUCUGCCUGAGGCUACCAUCCAGACUUCUUGUAUGUUCCAUUUGCCCCUGAGAACAGAGUCUCUUCUCUUUUAGAAGUUCAUAAACCUGAAAAAAUAGUUGUGUGAAGGGACUUGACCAGGUAUUUCUGAUCCCUUGGUACCAUCUGUGGCAAUUUGAUUUCAGCACAUAGAUUCUUUUUAUAAAGAUUCCAAGUUCUUGUCAAAGUAUGUUUAUACAGAGUAUGUUUAUAGAGGCUGGGCCUCAGAGUCCCAUCAGGUCUCUGCAUCAGUAACCAGACUUUGAAAGCAUCCCCACUCUGAAGUUUAGAGGCCCAGAGGAGCACAGCUCAUUAUCUCUAAUUAUCAUAAGCUAUCUUGUCAGUUUGCCCAUGGAAAUCCAAGCAUUUCAUUCUGGUCAUUCUAAUUAAAGUCUGUUCCUCUGAAUAUUUUGUUGUGAUUCAGUAUUUAUUUAAAGUCUGUCAUGCAGUAGGUAUUGAUGUGACACAGGUUAAGAAUUCUGUUUUUGGCUUUCUUGUUGAUAACAAUAUAGUAAAGCUUCAGGUUUCAGAAUAACAUUGCUGAUAGGUUUUAUUGUGUGCCUGAGACCAUAAUGCCAAAAAAAAAAUUUUUUUUUUUCUCUUGUGUUAGAAACUGAUGCAGAGACAGUGGAGAGAGGGGUUGACCCUAGAGGUUGACUCUGGAUAUGUGUAUUCAGUAUACAGUCUGGAAAUCACAAGUGGCUAUCUCUAAUUUUGAAAAUGUCAUCUGCCUUUGGCCAAAGGUCUGAAUAGCCACAGAGUCUGUUGGAAUGACAAACAUAUCCAGCCCACAGCUCCGUGACACCAACCAGCCUUCGGGGCCUCUUGCCUCAGUAUAUUGAAGAUAGAAGACAUCAAUUUCCUGCCUAUUUAUUCUGUCCAUCUUUAUGAUGGUGACUUUCCUCCAAGAGCAAGUUGCUUUUCAUAUAUGUUAACCGAUGAAAACUUUGUAAGAAUGUGAGGCACUAACCCUUCCACUCUCCUGAGAACAAUGGAUACCUUUUUUUUUUUAAUUUUUUUUUUUAAUGUUUAUUUAUUCUUGAGAGAGAGAAAGAGAGAGAGUAUGAGCAGGGGCAGAGUGAGAGAGGGACACAGAAUGUGAAGCAGGCUCCAGGCUCUGAGCUGUCAGCACAGAGCUCAAUGUGGGGCUUGAACUCACGAGCCAUGAGAUCAUGACCUGAGCCAAAGUCAGAUGCUCAACCAACUGAGCCACCCAGGUGCCCCCAAUGGAUACCUUUUUAUCUGAGAGUCCCUGUUCUCCCUCCAUGCCAAGGAGAUAGUAGCACAGGUUUUUGGGGGGUUUUAUUUGUUUGUUUGUUUUUUAUUUUUUUUAUAGUUUUUUAAUUUUUUGUUUAAUGUUUAUUUGUUUUUGAGAGAGAGAGACAGAGACAGAAUGCAAGCAGGGGAGGGGCAGAGAGAGAGGGAGAUAUGGAAUCCGAAGCAGGCUCCAGGCUCUGAGCUGUCAGCACAGAGCCUGAUGCUGGGCUUGAACUCAUGAACUGCGAGAUCAUGACCUGAG